AUGGAUUCUCUGGACACCAAUCCCUUGUCAGUGAAUGUCAGCACCGGAAGAGUGGUCUUGAUGCCUCGUAUUGGUUACACUAUAAUUGCAAUUAUCAUGGCAAUAUCUUGCACUUUAUCAGUAAUUCUGAAUACAACUGUUAUUGCAGUAACUAUUAAGUACAGACAGCUUCGUCAGCCAAUUAACUAUUCCCUGGUCAAUUUAGCCAUAGCAGACCUUGGAGCAGCCUUGUUGGGAGGAACUCUGAAUGUAGAAACAAAUGCUGUUGGGUAUUACAACCUGGGUAGAGUUGGCUGUGUCACCGAAGGCUUUUCUAUGGCAUUUUUUGGUGAGUACUUGUCUAAAACUGAUUUGUUGUAUCAUAAGUUAGAAAGGAGCCAGACGCUAAAAUGUUUAAAGUUAGCACAAGCAACUAAAUUGUCUUUGCAUGAUAGGAAGAGCAACAGAGUUCUGUAAGACUCCUAGCUGUGCUAGCAUUUCAACAAUGCUGGUCUCUUAUUUAUCUUUCUCCCUAUUGCAGCAAAUAUGCUUACAGUUUUAAUAUGUGUGUGUUUUAAUAUCAUGCAUUUUUUUUAUCAUGAUCUUUUUAGCAGGUAGAGUUAUGGCUUAAAAAUAAAAUUACAUUUCUCUUAGUUUUGCAUGGGUGCAAAUCAGGGGGCGGAAAUGGAGCAAUUUGGACCUUUGUCUCUGACUUUGCUAUCAGUAAUGCAGUUAGGUAAUUUUAAAUAGUCUUUGGUGAUAAUGUCACUUCCAAAUGUGCUGCAUUUGGGAGCCCUCCUGCUGAUUCUCCUGUGGGGGUGCCCUGAACCUCUGCCCCAAAAAAUUGCCUCUGUUUGCUAUUCAAUCAGUUGGCAUUUAACUGUAGGGAGUUAAAUAAGCCUCCAUUGCUUCUCUCUGUGCACCACCUGUCAAAUAGAAAUAGCUUUUGUCUUUACAGUAUGUACCAUGUGUAUGGCAAUUAUUUUACAAACCAUUUAUUAUGGAAUAGUCUUGGAGUAUUAACAACCUAGCGCUAGUGCUGCAGAAAAGGGGAGGGUUGUUGCUCCUUACUUUUCACUAUGUGCUGCAGCAGCUGUAGGGCUGUGGAUGUGUUGGCAAGUGCAACUCUUCAAGCCACCUCUGCUUCAGGAUUGCUUUGCCUGUAGGUUUGUUUCCUCCUGUGUCCUCACUUCUCCUUUAAACAAGCCCUGUCUUCCCUCCAUCUUUUAAAAAUAACAACACUUAGAAAUUAUGCAGCGUUUCCCCUAAAAGCUCAAAGUCCUUUGCAUACUGUCUUUCAGUACAUUUUAAAUGUGCUGAAGAUAAAGACGAUAUAUGAUGAAUUAGUUAAGGAAUAAAAAACUCAUAAAGUUUUAUUUUUUUAAAAUUAUAACAGCCCUGUAAAUCAUGUCACAUAUUAUUAUCCAGAGGCGUAGGAAGGGAGGGCAGGGGGAGGACCGCCCUGGGUGUUAUACCUGAGGGGGGGUGACAUUCGGCGCGCCACCCACCUGCAACUCCCAAGCCUACCCCAAGCCGUUGGGGGAAGGGGGGAGCUGCGCCACUUCGCCUUCAUUUUGACAGCUCGGGGGAGGCUUGGGAGUUGCGGGCAGGCGACGCGCUUAAUGUCACCCCCCGGUGCGCCACCCGCCUGCAACUCCCAAGACGCCGAGCCGCCGAUGGGUUGACAAAAAAAAUUCCGCACCAGGUACCACCUGACCUUGCUAGGUAAAGGUAAAGGGACCCCUGACCAUUAGGUCCAGUCGUGACCGACUCUGGGGUUGUGGCGCUCAUCUCGCUUUAUUGGCUUCUGGGUCAUGUGGCCAGCACAACUAAGCCACUUCUGGUGAACCAGAGCAUCGCACGGAAACGCCGUUUACCUUCCCGCCGGAGCAGUACCUAUUUAUCUUUUUUUUUUAAUAAGAUAUUUAUUAAGAUUUUUUUAAAUAUUACAAUAAAAAAUGAAAAAGAAAAAGAAAAUACAAAAUAAAAAUGAUUAAAAACCACUCAAUUUUUCCAUUGCUUAUUUUUCCUUAGCUUGUUUCCCGGACCUCCUCAUAACUCCCUUUUGUGUAUGUAAGUUCAGUUUGUUGGUUCAGCAAAUCCUUACCCUCUUUAUUUGUCCUAAUCUUUGGUCUUAAAAGAGUAACGUUAGAUUUUUACCUCUUAACAAUCCAUUUUUCAUAUUCCCUUAAAGCAUUACAGCUGGAAACCACUUAAUUUCUAUCCAACAUCGUUCUAACAUUCAUUAAUUUUACAAUAUUUCUGUAGAUAAUCUUUGAACUUCUUCCAAUCUUCUUCCACCGACUCUUCUCCCUGGUCUCAGAUUCUGCCAGUCAUUUCUGCCAGUUCCAUAUAGUCCAUCAACUUCAUCUGCCAUUCUUCCAGAGUGGGUAGAUCUUGUGUCUUCCAAUACUUUGCAAUGAGUAUUCUUGCUGCUGUUGUGGCAUACAUGAAAAAAGUUCUAUCCUUCUUUGGCACCAAUUGACCGACUAUGCCUAGGAGAAAGGCCUCUGGUUUUUUCAAGAAGGUAUAUUUAAAUACCUUUUUCAGUUCAUUGUAUAUCAUUUCCCAGAAAGCCUUAAUCCUUGGGCACGUCCACCAAAGGUGAAAGAAUGUACCUUCAGUUUCUUUACAUUUCCAACAUUUGUUAUUGGGCAAAUGAUAAAUUUUUGCAAGCUUGACUGGGGUCAUGUACCACCUGUAUAUCAUUUUCAUAAUAUUCUCUCUUAAGGCAUUACAUGCCGUAAACUUCAUACCUGUGGUCCAUAACUGUUCCCAGUCAGCCAUCAUUAUGUUAUGUCCAACAUCUUGUGCCCAUUUAAUCAUAGCAGAUUUCACCAUUUCAUCCUGAGUAUUCCAUUUCAACAGCAAGUUAUACAUCUUUGACAAAAUCUUAGUUUUGGGUUCUAAUAGUUCUGUUUCUAAUUUUGAUUUUUCCACCUGGAAGCCAAUUUUCUUAUCCAACUUAUAUGCCUCCAUUAUCUGAUAAUAAUGAAGCCAAUCUCGCACUUUGUUUUUUAAUUUCUCAAAACUCUGCAAUUUCAGUCUAUCUCCGUCUUGUUCCAAAAUUUCCCAAUAUUUCGGCCAUUUGGCCUCCAUAUUGAGCUUUUUCAGAGCUUUUGCUUCCAUCGGUGACAGCCACCUUGGAGUUUUAUUUUCCAAUAAGUCCUUGUAUCUUAUCCAGACAUUAAACAAUGCUUUCCUGACAAUGUGAUUUUUAAAUGCUUUAUGUGCUUUGACCUUAUCAUACCACAGAUAUGCAUGCCAUCCAAAUACAUUGUUGAACCCUUCUAGAUCCAAAAUGUCAGUGUUUUCAAGAAGCAACCAUUCUUUCAACCAGCAAAAAGCUGCUGAUUCAUAGUAAAGUUUAAAGUCUGGCAGGGCAAAUCCACCUCGUUCCUUUGCAUCUGUUAAUAUUUUAAAUUUUAUUCUAGGCUUCUUGCCCUGCCAGACAAAUUUAGAAAUAUCUCUCUGCCACCUCUUGAAACAGUCCAUUUUGUCCACAAUUUGCAGUGUUUGAAACAAAAACAACAUUCUAGGCAAUACAUUCAUUUUUACCGCAGCAAUACGGCCCAGCAGUGAAAGCUUCAAAUUUGACCAAAUUUCUAAAUCUUUUUCACUUCAGCCCAGCAUUUUUCAUAGUUGUCUUUAAAUAAAUUCCCAUUUUUGCUGUCAUGUUAAUCCCCAAGUAUUUAACUUUCUUAACCACUGUUAAACCUGUCUCAUUCUGAAACCUCUCUCUCUCCAUUGGUGUUAAAUUUUUCUCUAAAACCUUGGUCUUUAACUUAUUCAACUUAAAUCCUGCAACUUGACCAAAUUCUUGAAUCAGUUCUAAAACUCUUUUGGUACUAGAUUCUGGCUCCUGUAACGUCAAUACUAAGUCAUCUGCAAAUGCUCUCAAUUUGUACUGUUUGGCUCCGACCUGUAUACCUUUAACCAACCGGUCCCUUCUAAUCAUGUUCAGCAGAACCUCCAGGACCGAUAUAAAAAGCAAUGGGGAAAUUGGGCAACCUUGUCUUGUCCCUUUUUCUAUCCUAAAUUCUUCCGUCACCACAUUAUUUACAAUUAGUUUAGCCUUUUGUUCUGAAUAAAUUGCACUUAUACCGUUUUCAAAACCUUGGCCUACCCCCAUCCCCUGUAGGUUCUUCUUCAUAAAACUCCAAGAGAUAUUGUCAAAAGCUUUCUCCGCGUCCACAAAUAUCAAAACUGCUUUAGUAUUUAUGUUCACUUCUAGUUUUUCCAAAAUAUCAAUUAUAUUCCUCAAAUUAUCGGACAAGUGUCUUCCCGGGAGAAAGCCCGCUUGGUCUUUAUGAAUCUCUUCCAUCAAUACUUUUUCAAUCUCUUGGCCAAAAUGUCUGCAAAAAUUUUGUAAUCCACAUUAAGUAACGAUAUGGGGCGGUAGUUCUUAAGCUGAGUCUUUUCAGUCUCUGUCUUCGGUAUAAGUGUAAUGUACGCCUCUUUCCAAGACUCUGGUGCCCUUUUCCCUUCCAAUAUUUCAUUGCAGACUUCCUUUAAAGGUUGUAAUAACCACUCUUUCAAAGAUCUAUAAUAUCUAGAAGUCAGCCCAUCCGGUCCUGGAGAUUUGCCUAAUUGCAUGUUUUGAAUGGCACCUUCUACUUCCUGUUCAGAUAUUUUAUAGUUCAACAUUAAUUUACUUUCUUGGGAUAUUUUUGUAAUCCAUUUGUCUUCAGAAAUUGGUCUAUAUCCAUUUCUUUCUGUGGCCCUUGUGUAUAUAGUUGUUUAAAAUACCUCUGGAAACAGUUUCUAAUCUCAGUUGGGUUAUGUAUAUUCUUUCCUUCCACUUCUAAAUUUGUAAUAGUAUUUAAUUUUUGUCUUUUUUCAUUUGCCAGGCCAGCAAUUUCCCACAUUUGUUAGCUGAUUCAAAUGUUUUUGUCUCAUUUGUUUAAUUUUCCAUUCUAUUUCCUGAUUCAUCAUUUCCAUAUAUUGUACUUGAUAUAACUUUAUUUCUCUCAAAAUCUCCUGCGACUUUGGUUUUGCUCUCAAUUUCUUUUCACUUUCUUUUAUUUUCCCCAAAAUUUUAUCUUUCUUCUCAUUUUGACUUCUCUUCUUUAUUGCAUUCUGUUGUAUCAGAAACCCUCUCAUGACAGCUUUACUUGCGUCCCAGAUUACUCUUUUUUCUACAUUAGUAUUCAUAUUUAUUUCAAAAUAGUCUCUCAAGGUUUUUGGGCCUUUUUAUACACUUCUUCAUCUCUAAAUAGGGUGUCAUUCAUCCUCCAUCUGAAGGAGCCAGUUGAUGUUAGUUUCAACUCCAUCCUUACCGCAUUAUGGUCGGAGCAGGUUUUUGGGCAGAUUUCCACUUUCUUUAUCUUUGGUGCCAUUCCUCUAGUUACCCAUAUUUGGUCAAUUCUAGUCCAUGUCAUCUUAGCUUCAGAAAAGAAGGUUCCCUCUCUUCCCAAGGGGUUCUUUGUUCUCCAAGUGUCCACUAAGUCAAAAUUGUCUGUCAUCUCGAAAAAUGUUUUCGGUAGUCUACCAUCCUUGGUAACUACCUGUCUUUGUGCCUUAUCCAUGUUUGUAGAUACUACUCCAUUCAUAUCCCCCAUCAAAAUCAAAUUGUAAUCCAAAUAAUCCAAUAAAGUCUCAUGCAACUUUUUAAAAAAUUCAGAUUCCCCUCAUUCGGUGCAUAAAUUCCUACUAUCAAAAAUUUCUCUCCUUGAACUUGAAUUUCAAUUGCCAAAAAUCUUCCUUGGUCAUCUUUGAAAAUAAAUUUCGGUGAUAGUCUCUCCUUUGCAUAUAUCACAACUCCUCUUUUUUUUACUUUGUCAGAUGAGAUAAACUCCUGUCCCAAUCUCUUAUUAAUCAGUAGUUUCCUGUGUAACCUUGUUACAUGUGUUUCUUGUAGACAAAUCAAGUCCAAUUGUUCCUUUUAUUUAUCUACUUGCACUUUGAUGUGCUUUCGAACUGCUAGGUUGGCAGGACCUGGGACUGAGCAAUGGGAGCUCACUCUGUCGCGGGGAUUCAAACCGCCGACCUUCUGAUUGGCAAGUUCUAGGCUCUGUGGUUUAACCCACAGCUCCACCCGCUAUGCCUCUGUUAUUAUCCUCAUGUUUCAUGGGAUGGGGGUUUUUGCUGAGGAUAAAAAUAGAGACCCCUGAGUGAGUCCAUUGCUAAGAUUUGAUCCAGGGACUUCCUGGCUCAUACUACAUGCACUUAACAAUGGCAAAACAAAGCAAUGAAACAUUCAUAAUCUAACUUAGGUUUAAUUGACAAGACAACAGAAUAUGCUCAGGAAACAUACAUGUUCAAGCACACAUGUUCACAUUUUUACGUUAAAUCUUUACUAAUCAAGAUACUGGCAUGUUUUUAAAAUGCUGCAUUCCUUCUAAAAACAUUUUCCUGAGAUGAAAUGUCAUCUACUACACUAUCAAAAAUUCUAUGCCCUUUGCCAAAGAACUCAGCUGAAAUAAUUGCCAACUUAGAAAGCACAUAUACUGUUAGUUGUUGCAAUACCAAGGGCUAUUGCUAAAAAAUAAAUAAAAAAUCAAGGGUUUGUCAACAUAUAAAAGAGUUUUUUCACAAUAGAGAAGCAUUUCUUGAGAACAGUUGUGACAGAAAUUUGGCUCCAGGCAAGCAAAUCAAAAAUAGCAGCUUCAGUGUGUUUCAGAAAAGAAAUGGGUUUUUAUAGUGAUGCUCAAAAUGUUUUUUUUUUAAAGCUCCUGACAUGUGAAAGCAUGAGGUGUCACUCUCUUGGAUGGAAGUGCAGUGACCCAAACAUGGGGAGGGAGUUGUUGUAACAAAGCAUUUCUAAAGAGCCUAUUUCUUCAGUGAAGAUUAUGAAAUGAAGUUAGCCUUGUAAACUCCCUCUGAAAACAGAGGCAUGAUUCCCAAGCACUAGGGCUUCAGAAUGAGGGCCCACCAAGGAAUCUAACUCCCUGUUCUUUCUUAACCUUCUUUCAUGGAUGCACUGUGUACCAGCAAACCCCCAGAGGGCCAGGCUCUCAAAUGAUGGCUAAUAAUAAGAAUAAUAAUUUAUUUAUAUGCCACCCAUCUGCCUGGGUUACAAAGUGCAAAGGCUGGCAACCUUUUUCUGUUAAGGGUCACAUUCCCGCGGUAGGUGGAGCCAGAAUCUUUGAUGAGCACAGCAAGAGACAAACGUGUCCUGGAUUAACCUAUAGAGAUCACCAUUCUCCGGUUUUCACCAUGGCUCUCUCAUAUUAGAAUUGCCAAUCCUAUGCAGGUCUUUUCAGGUGUAAGCUCCUCCAAGUUUUCUGGUGGUAUGGUUUGGUUGUUUUUUUCAGUUAAAGCACAUGUAACACAUGUAAAACUAAUAUAGCUACUAUUCAAGAAAGCCAGAGAAGGAAAUUCAUUUCCUCUACAUACACACACACACAGAGAGAGAGAGAGACAGAGAGAGAGACAGAGAGAGCGCGCGCAGAAAUCUAUCAAUUUGCUCUUUCCCACCAAGCCAUACAACCAGAUUUACUUAUUUAUUAAAAAUCAAUUAAAUAAAACAUUUCCCCUUCCAAUUGUUCAGAAACUACUUUGAAACGAAGGGGGAGGACCACUUUUAAAAACAAGGACAAAACUAGAGGGGGGGAAAGGGGGCAAGCCAGGAGAAAUAUAACAGGAAGGAACUCUAGUGGAAUGGAAGAAUGGGGCACCAUCCAAGAAUGAAGUUAGGGGCUUCACAGGAUUGCCCACGUAAAGUCCAAGCCACUUCAACUGCAUUCCCAAGCCACCAAUGAGGUUCCAUGCUGUUCCCAGGCCCUUUUGUAUUGCUAUUUUUAAAAGCUAAGCAGCAAUUGAAGCUUCAGCUGUCCACCAUAAAUGGCAUAAUAUUAUAACAUCAAGAAUAGUUUCUCCCCAUAUAGUUCAGUAAUGCUGCUACAUUUGUUAAUAGCUCUUGGUGUGCCCAAAAUGCUUUGGGUGAUACAUACCAAGUUUCUCUUUUGCCCGAGAAUGCAAACUGAACAACCCUCACUUCCAAACCACUAUUAUGCACACAUACAGAAUGGGAGAGGAGGCGAGAACCGUAGAAGCCAAACUACUUAUUUAUAUAAUGUUCCACAAAAGGCCCUUAUAUACUGUCCUCAUAUACUGUCCUCAUACAGUGGUACCUCGGGUUAAGUACUUAAUUCGUUUCAGAGGUCCGUUCUUAACCUGAAGCACCACUUUUGCUAAUGGGACCACCUCCUGCUGCUGCGCCGCUGGAGCCCGAUUUCUGUUCUCAUCCUGAAGCAAAGUUCUUAACCUGAAGCACUAUUUCUGGGUUAGCAGAGUCUGUAACUUGAAGCAUAUGUAACCUGAAGCAUAUGUAACCUGAGGUACCACUGUAUUAAAAUCAGACAUGUUGUCCUUCCCUCUCUUGUACUAAGGUGUCAUUUACAUUAGGGGUAUAUUGAUCCCUGUGAAGCUUUCUAAAAUCACCCCCCCCCUCCACCACAUAAAAAAGAUUAAUAAUACAAGGUUGUCUCUGCAAAUAGAAAUGUGCAACUGACCCUAGUGGGCAUCAUUUGCACUUCUGCAGUGUCGAUCCUAGACAACUCCCCCCCCCCCAUUUCAUUUAUUGCAUUUAUGUAUAUCCCACUGUUUCUCCCAAGGAGCUCAAAGUGGCGUACAUUGUUUCCCCCAUCCCCAGUUAAUCCUCACAACGGGUAGAUUAGACUAAGAGGCAGUGACUGGUCCAAAGUCCCCCAGUGAGCUUCAUGGCUGAGUGGGGGGUAUGAACCUUGGUCUCCCACGUUUUAGUCCAACACUCUCACCACUGCACCACAUUGGAUUUCAGUACAACACAUUCUCUGUAGGGCUGUUCUUGACAACUAUUAAAAGUCAGAGUGCUUUUCAUCAUAUACUUUAUUUUGAGUUUAUUUCUAGGAGCUGGUUUGACAGAAAGCCCUAUAUUGCUUAGGCCAAGUGUAUUAUUCUUGACUAUACCAUCUGUCUUUGUGCCCGGUUUAUACCAGUGUAGUGUUGUGUAGCAUUGAGUUUGGAGUGGACAAGGUCAUUGGGUGACUUGGGCCAGUCACAGUGGCCUACUUUACAUUGUGGUAGUAAAUCUGUGUUUAGGCCAGGUUUCCUCAACCUCGGCCCUCCAGAUGUUUUGAGACUACAAUUCCCAUCAUCCCUGACCACUGGUCCUGCUAGCUAGGGAUCAUGGGAGUUUUAAGCCAAAAACAUAUGGAGGGCCGCAGUUGAGGAAGCCUGGUUUAGGCUAUGCCACUUUACAUGGCUGGCGUUCUCCCAGAUUCCGACACUGCCAGGGCUGAGCUGUAUGCAGCUGUCAGAGCACAGGAAUAGGAUUGCCAGGAUUGUGCAAAGGAGUCGGAGCGGGGAGCCCAAGCUAGGAGCCCAAGCCAAAGAACUCUUCCAGAUGCCUCAUAGCUACGAAAUCCAUUGUUGCUCAGGCAGACAACCAGCUUAAACAGAAAAUUCUUCUACACAGCUUCCUUUGUAGGAGUGCCCAAUGGCCGGUUUGGGUAGAUGAGACCAGUCUAAAGGCUUGAGAAUAUUUCAUUGUUAGGAAGCUGCCCUAAACUGUAGUUCUUGCAGGGUGUCACACAGGGUAGCUGUACAGAGAAACAAAGUUAUAACCAUGGCUUCUCCAUUUUGGGGCUGUAUAUUUUCAGCAGGGAGCCAGUUCUUAUCCAAGCAUUCAGGAUGUAGAGCCCUGAUCUUCCUGGUUUUGCAUGGGGAGCCAAUCUGAGUACAGCAGACCCCUGCUGCAGUCCCAAACACUGGGAUGGAGGAGGUUGCAGAAAACUUGGGGGGUGGAGAGAGACUAAUAGGGUCAUUCCUUCUCCCCCUCUGCUGCAAUGAUAUUUAAGGGGUGGGAGUGGGGAGAGAAUGAGUGAAUGGGGUUUCAAUAUAAAACAGGCAUAUAGGCUGCCUGCAAACUGCCUAUUUAGAGGGACCCAGCUCACUUUUAAAUCCAUACAGCAUUUUAUGUACAUUACAACAAAACUACUUUUUUUCUCAUCUAUCCCCCACAAUGCACAUUUCCUUUUUAUAUGCACCCGGCAUCCUUUCUUUAAAAAAUCAAUCUUCAUUGCCAUUUCUAAGCUUGCCACACUGUCUAUGAUGCAGUAAUUAAAACGUGGCUCAGUAUUCAUGGGAUGGCUUAACAAGACAUUUUAUAAUCUCAUCAGUUCUUUUACUUGCAUCCCAUUGUUCAGCCUAGGAGCUCAACUUCAUAUGGACUGUCCUUAGAGAACUCUAAUUUUUAUAGCACUUACUGGUGAAUGAAAAUUGCACUGUUUUCAACACUUUUCUUCCUGGUGCAUUAAGAGAUGACAGUUGAACUGAGAUGAAGUAUCAAUAAGAAAUUACACUUUACUAGCUGCAGUUAUUUGCUUGGAAUACAAAGCUUUAUAUCUGACUAAGGAGUGAAGCCAGUAUUUAUCAAUAAAAUAAAAGUGGGCAAAUAAAAACACUGAAUGCAGCACAAUUACAAAUCUCUGAGGAUAGUUUCCUAAAGCUGGCAUCUUGAUAGGAACAAUCCUAAAGUGCAUGUAGCCUGUUUCACUCUGGCUAGCCAGAUUUUCCCAGGAAGGUCAAUAGCCAAACAUGAAGGCAACAGCUCUGCUCUGAUGUUUCUCCACUCCCUACCCCAGGAACUAGCAUUUACUGGCCCAUAGAUGAGCCAUCUUUAACAGUGUGAGGAAAAUGUGCACUCUCCCAUCUCUUCCUCUAGGAGGAGGAGUACCAUAUUUUGUUCAACCACAACUUGCUGUGUUAUUUCAGCAGUGGAGGCUCGUUAUUUAGGGUGAAUGGAUCACUGUCCCAAAAACCUCAGUCUGCCCUCAAUCAGGCCCCACCUCCCUGUCUUCUUUCUUACACCAGGUUCCACUUACAAAUUGAUGCUCAAUAAACAGGUGGUCUAGAAGUGACCACCAUAUUCCAAUGUGAAGGUUCUUCAUAACUCUGGGCAGGCAUGCUUCCUGAAUGAGCUUAGACCUUUCUGCUCAAGAUGGAAAAGUCAGGGUGAAGGGGGCAUGCGUGCACUCAUUUAGUGAAUGAAGCUGAUAUUAUAUACGAGUCUGCUUUAAAAGCAGGGGUGGGGAACUGGGUCCAUCCAGAAGGCCAGAUCCUUAUCUCACCCACUCCAUGCAGGCCAAGUUUGACAGAUGUGGAGCUGGUCUUCUAAAAUCAAAAUGAUGUUGGGUGACCUGUAUCUCACCCCCACCCCAUGGUAUGAAAUCAAACUGUACAAAAGCAAAGGCAAAACACCAUGCACAGUGAUCUAACCAGUGGCUCUCUUCAAAUAUUCUGUUGUGUGUUGCAUGAAUGAUGAUGAUGAUGAUGAUGAUGUUCUGAAUGAAGUGGCAAGCUAUUAAAGCAAGUGAUACCAAGUUCUACUCUUAUGGGUGAGGGAUAAAAGUUUUUCUCUUCCACUUUUUCCACACUAUACAGAAUUUUAUAAACUUCCUUCAUGUUCAAACUUAGCCUACCUCUUCUCUACACUAACAGAGCUCAAAAUGUUUUAACCUUGCAGCGUUGAGAGUUUUCUGCUCCUUUUCUUGCUCUAGAACCUCCUUCUUCAGGUAGAGUGUUAGAACUGUACGCAGUAUUCCAAUGGGGUGGUACCAUACAUUUUUAUAUGGCAAUAUUCAACUCCUUUCCUAAUAAUCCUUCACACAGAAUUUGACUUGUUCAGUGUUAAUUUGUAAUAUGACAAAUGACCAGACCCAAUGGCUUUUAACGGAUAGUUCUAGAAUGUCAUAUUUUAAAUUACUAUAAAAUUUUAAAACUGCUAUAAUUGUUUACCACCAGUAUGCUCUUUGGAAAAAUUGUUUUGGCCGUAUUGCUAAUUUAUAUUUGUUUUGCCAGAGUUUAUACUACUUUUAGUUCUUCUCGUUUUGGCAAAACUUUCUCUUUUACAGAUGCCCUUUUUGCAUUUUAUAGUUUUCUGGACUCUGCUUGUUAAGCAUACUUGUAUCUUAUUGGAAUUAAUACUACCUUUCUAAAUUUGCUAUAUACAUUUUAUCUCUGUGUCUAUAUUAAUGAUUUUUAAAUAACUACCAAGCUUGCUGAAGAAAUCUAACUUCCCUGGCUCUCUCUUUUAACUAAUCCACUUAACUUUGGAAGUGGGGCAACUCAGUUUAAAAUUAAAUGUGACCAAGCUGAAUUUCCUGAAUGUUGCAUAUAUUAGCACUUGGUCUGUUUCUGAGUUCUGGUAACCCCUAAGUUAAAUUACUUCAACAUGCUAUGCAUGGGACUGCCUUUAAAGACAGCAGAAUUCAGUGGCCAGGUUGUAACACCAAUCCUGGCCCUAUUCUACUGUCUGCCAACUAGUUUCUGGGCCCAAUUCAAAGUGCUGAUAAAGCCUUAAAUAGCUCAGGCCCGCAAUACGUCAAGGACUAACACGGACCCUACAAUCAUCAUCUGAGGCCCUUCUUCAUGUGCCCCCUCCACAAGAGGAAUGUGGAAUGGGCGUGGAAUGCUUUGUGUGGAAUGCUCUCCCCAGGGUGGCUUGCCUGGUGCCAUUAUUAUACAUCUUUAGAUGGCAGCCAAAAACAUCCCUCUAUAACCAGGCCUUUGUCCCUUUUCUAUGGCCUUUUAGAAGUGAGAGCGGUUGGGAGAUGUUUUCAAUGUAUUUUCUCCCUGGUUUUAAUAUACCUAUGUGGCUUUUGUUUGCUUGCUUGCAAAUUGCUUUGGGUUACCUUGGGCGAGAUAAAGCAACGGACAAGUUUAAUAAAUAAGAAGUAGAAGAAUCAGGGGAUGAUAUUGGAGUGUGGAACCUGUGACCUUCCAAAUGUCGCUUGACCCCAAACUCCCACUAGCACAAGUCAAUGGCCAAUGGUCAGGGGAUGAUUGGAGCUGUGGUACAACAGCACUUGGAGGGCCACACAGGUUCCCCAUCCCUGAUCCAGGAGAUACUAGUUGAAAGUAAUGUUGUCAAGGGAAGGAAGAUUUCCUGUGAAGGAUGUAAUUCAAAGCUACAGCAGAAUGUUGCAAAUUCCUCAUGCUGGCACCCUAGAAAGGUAAGGAUGUGAAUGCAUCUAGGCUCUUCAGAAAUUCAAAAGUACCAGUUGUGAUACAGUUUGUGUAAUAUUCUUAAUAUUAAAAGGAAUGAAUAACAUAUUUUCACUUCAAUUGCAGGCAUUGUGGCUUUAUGCACCAUAGCAGUGAUAGCUAUAGACCGUGCGAUUGUGAUCGGCAAGCCUAUGGGAACACUUACUUUUACCACCAGGAAAGCCAUGAUUGGAGUUGCUGCGUCCUGGGUCUGGUCUCUCGUUUGGAACACUCCCCCUCUUUUUGGUUGGGGAGGAUACCAGAUGGAAGGCGUCAUGACCUCCUGUGCUCCAGACUGGUACAACAGUGACCCUAUUAAUGUUUCCUAUAUUGUCUGCUACUUUCUAUUCUGCUUCACAAUUCCGUUCGCUGCCAUCUUGGUUUCCUAUGGAUAUCUACUAUGGACUCUGCGCCAGGUAGUGCUGCAUUUCAUAUUAUGUUUUGCUUAAUUUGCUGACCUUAAAAGUGUUUUAGCACCAUUAAAAAAAUUUCCAGAAUUAAAAUGUACUGACUCAUUCAAAAGACAAUCUGGCCCAAGGGCUUGAGCUACAUUUUAUUUUACUUUUUACUGGUAAACAUCGGCCACUUUAUGUUACAUACUGUCAUCAUUCAAGGAAUCAGACCACAUGGAAUCUGAAUUUAGGCAAAUGUUAAACUGGUGUGCUUAGGCUUCACUAAGCAUGGGUGCUCAUAUCUUACAUAUUUUCCGUACCAAACCAUAAUUUCAUUAACAAUUUAUCUGUGAUUCAGAUUCACACAUAGCAUUGGGGCUGCUUUUGCCACUCACAAGAGCUGUGUGCGCACACACAUUAAUGUGUGCAAUAUAAGAUAAUGUUAGGUGCUCCUAGAUCCAUCACUGUCACUGGAAACAGAGGUGUCCUCUAGUGUUCAUGCAUUGGCAACCUCAAAUGUGUAUUACUGCAAUGUGCUCUAUGUGGAGCUAUCCUUGCAGCUGGUGCAUAAUGUGGUAGUUGGGUUGCUUGUGGUGGCAAACCAGUGGCAACAUAUUACAACACCUUGUUUGUGGGAUUUGCUCUGGGCUGCCAGUUUGCUACUGAAGCAAGCAAAGAUUUGCUGAACAGAAACCCACACCACAGGUUAGCAAGGGAACUGGCUAUGAGACAAAGGACUGCAUUGCAUUUGGAAGGUAUUUUCAGUGCUAGUUCAAAUUUUCAAAAGGUCGUAGGUUCAGUCUUCUGUGGCUUCAAGUAGGAUGGGGAAAGGUUCCUGCCUGAAACCCUGGAGAGUCACUGCCAGUCCGUGUUGGCACUCCUCAGCUAGAUGGAACAAUGGUCUGACUUGGUAUAAGGCAGCUUCUCACAUUCCUGGCUUUGAAAAGUGUUUACAAUUUGUUUUAAAUUCACCCUCUUAACUAAACUCCAAAACAGAUAUUUCCCCUCACAUUUAUCAAGCAAACCUUCUGUGUAUAACAUAUGAAGCACUUCUUUAAAGUCUGCUCAGAUGAAAAAACAAAAACAGGCUUACAAGGAAUUUAUCUGUCCAUCACAUGGCCACUUUCUGUGUAGUAAUGGAGUUUGGUCCGUGCCUUUACUGCUUUCCUCGCUGCCACAUUAGAGCUUUCAGGUCCAGACCCUGUAGCAUUCCUGUACUGUAUCUUGGCAAAUUGCAUUUCCUCUGGCGUGCCUUUUUCCAUCGUAUGCUAUGUUUAAGGGAGAACUUUGGUCACUCUGGAUUUCUCAUUUCUUCCCUACCUCCUUAUUUUCACUGCGCUUUCCAAUCUUUGGCCUCCCAACCUUGUACUCACAGCUCCUCCUUUUCCCAGUUUUUGCAGCCAAAUGUCUUUUAUGUGAACUCGUAAGACUACACAGCUACAAACAUUUUGAGGCAGACAGACUGAAUCAAGGGUAUCCAAUGUGCUACCCUCUAGAUGCUGAUGGACUUCAGCUCCUAUCAGUCCCUGCCAGCUUGGCCAACAGUCAGAAAUGAUGGGAGUUGUAGUCUAUAAUGGCUGGAGGGGACCACAUUAACUAUUCCUGUUCUAAGACAUCCUAUCAGCUUAGACCAUGGAUGCCAUUGUCACCUUUACAUGUCAGAUUGCCAGUAUCCAUACACUUGCUUCUGCAUCCCUCAAGACCUGUUCAGACUGGAUAUUUGCAAAUUAGCAGAUUAUUACAAAAGCCUCCUGUUCUCUUUCCCAAAAUAAACUUGCACUGUAAAGGCUGACCUGAACUUCCUGCUGGCAUGCAGAAUAAAACAUUCUUAAGCACUUCCACAUGAACUGUCAUCCUAUUAUUUUAUGUGCAAUGAAAUGUAAUUACACUGAUGUAUGUCCUAUUUUUGAUAGGUAUUGAAUGUGCUAUUUUUAACUAGGUUGCUAAAGUUGGAGUAGCUCAACAAGGCUCAACAACGAAAGCGGAAGCUCAAGUGUCACGGAUGGUGAUAGUCAUGGUGAUGGCAUUCUUGAUCUGCUGGCUUCCUUACGCAACUUUUGCCCUGGUAGUUGUGGGUAAUCCUCAAAUCUACAUUAAUCCUAUUAUAGCCACCAUUCCUAUGUACCUGGCGAAAAGCAGCACGUUCUAUAAUCCAAUCAUCUACAUUUUUAUGAACAAGCAGGUGAGUUUAAACUCAAUAUGAUCUGUGGAGCAUGAAAAUCAAAGUAUAAAUAUUGUAUAGACUCAGCAUCCAUUGGGAGUCUUUAAAAAAAAAAAUCCACCCCCCUGCGAAUUUUACUUCCAAAUCCCUCUGCUCCCUCUUCUGAACUACACUGCAAAACAAAAUCCGCUACCCUGAUCUUAACCCCCACCCUGCAUGAUAUGUAGAGUAUACUAUACCACAAAUCAUCUAUUUGCAGGUCUGGACUUUCCCAAGUAAAUAAAAUUGCUUACAUUGCUUUUAUAUCUAUUCAGGCAUGCCAGCUUUCCUAGCAGGCUCACAGGGAUGGUACACAUUGCAAAAAGGGAAAUGUUCUCUAACCAAGAAUUUUGUAUGUGCUUGACCUGCUUUUUAGGUUGCACAACAGAUCAAAUACACGUUGCUGUCUGUUCACUAGUCAGGAAGUAAAUCGAGCAAUACAAAACAUUAUUGUGCACAAAGAAUAUAGCAUAAUGCUCUGGUGGGUUUGUCCCAGGAUUGCCUUAAAGCUGCCUGCUGUAUGUGCAGAAUUAUUUUCUAUGCUGCCACCUUGUGGCUAAAUGAAUUCUUAUUAUAAUGAUUUAUCAAGGAUUCAUUUUCUGCUUUCUUCAUGCACUUGUUUCAGUAACAAUUAUAUUAACAUUCAGGAUUUUUUGCCCAGUUACACAAAAUAAGAUCCUAAUCUAUUAUAGCAUUAAAAAAUGCCUUUGAAACUUUCAUCAGUGCAUAAAAAUAGUAUGAACUGCUUAAUGUGCUGAUAUUAAUAAAUAAAAAACUCAACAGAGCUAGGAAGCACUAAGCCCAUUGAAUACAAUGGUCUUAAGCAUGCCUAACUCUGCUGGAUUUAGACUUAAAUAUCAUUUUAAUAGUAAAUGAGUCUUUUGACAUACAGACAUACAUACAUACGUACUUAAAGAAGAUAAAUACUUAUUGCUUAGAAAUUUAUGUCAUAGCAUACAUAAUAAUAUGUUGUCUUUAGAGCAGUGGUCAUUUUGGGGAUCAUUGACUCCUUUGAGAAUCUGAUGAAAGCUAUGGAACCCCCUCACUAGAAAAAUGCAUAUAAAUAUAGGCACAAAAUUUUGCAUACAAUUUGUUUUAUGGCAUGGGGGGGGGGAGCUUUCUUUUUUGCAGCCAUUUAAUGGACCCCUAUGAAGCCACAGGUGGAAAAAACCCUACUUUAGAGAAAGAGGGGAAAUACCCUAUUGUGGCUGUUAAUAUGCAGGACGAAUCUGUUUUCUAAACUGCUGGCAUGCAAAAACUAUGUGUUAAAUCCCAAAUCAAUUUUGCUUUUUGUUCUGAUUUGUUUUUAAAAUUUGUGGUUUUCUCUUCCCGCCUCCGCCCCCAUAAAUCAAUUCCCUCUUCUGAACCUUUCCUUCAUCCUUUUUGUCUCAAUGCCCCCUGUCCUUAUCUCAGAGGCAGAUUUUGGGCAGCACAACUGUUUCCGCUGCACUGGGCGCUGACCCUCCAUGCCUCAGGCUGCUGUUUAAGGCCUAGGAGCAGGACUGGGGAUUUCACAGUGGCAACGGUUGUAACAUACCAAACAUACUGGGCUUUAUCCAAGGCUGUGCCAGUGGGGUUCCAUUCUCUCUUCUCCCCCCCCCCCCAAAAAAAAAUCUGCUUCAGAGGGUUCCCCCCAUCCCUCCAGAGCUGAUAUUUGAGGAUGCAAGGGGAGGAGCGGCAGAAAGGAACAGGGAAAGAAGAGGAAAUUUAAUUAUGCACAUGGCAGCCCCUUCUACCCGUUGAGCUGCAAUGUUGGAUACAGUCUUUACGUGUCUCACAGCAGUACACACACACAAAUACAUAUAUGUGUGUUGUGUAUACGAAUGAUGUAUAAUCAAAUGUGGCAUGAGCCAAAAGUAAAUUUGUACUUUUCCUUUCCAGUUCCGCGAUUGUCUCGUUAGGUGUCUCCUGUGUGGAAAAAAUCCAUGUGCUUCCAAUCAAGCGGAUGAAACUGAUCUAGAAGUUUCUACUGUUGCCCCUGCUUCCUCUUCAAGAUGCGGCAAAGUUUCUCCACAGUAG